AUGAGAUCAUCCCACGUGCCAUUUCAUGGUUUAUGGGGGAGGCUGGACUGGAGGAGAAUACCCAAAUAUCUGCACAGCACUCCAAUUUCCUCAAGAAUCUAUCAAAACAUGUCAGGGAGUGUGUUGGAAGUCUAAGAUUGAUCCAGGAAAAAUAUGAUGCAUUGAAAGCAGAGUUUGACAAGGAUAGAGCAUCAAUUCAAGCAAAAUAUCUUCAAUCAUGUCAAACUUUGUACGCACAGAUUAGCUUGGUAGAAAUGCCAGAGCGUAGCAAGAAAAAGUUGAUGGCUUUGACCACUAAUGUGAUGAGAGAUGAUAGUGAUAAGGGCCUUGGAUUACAAGUUAUGAAAUAUUUGGCUGCCAAAUAUGAAGAGCUAGGGUGUGAAGUGAAAUGGAUGGGCAAGCCUGAUAAGGUGAUCUAAGUCACAUUGGUCUGGUUACCGCUGUUAACUUCACUUCAUGUGAACCUUUAGCUUAAUACAUAUUUCUCUUGCACUUGACUACCAAGAUGAAUUUUGAGCAAGGCUACUUUUUGCUUUGAAGCAAAGUUUGGUGUAGAAAUUUUGUAGAUUGUUGCUCAUAUGUUUCUAGGCUAUCCUUUGUAGG